AUGGCGUACUUCCAUUACCAACACUUGUCGAGAAUGUCGGAAGGAGAAAUUAUUCUUGCCUUCAAAGCAGGAAAAGCCGUCAGACGUGGAUCCACGAACUUUGUCGAUGCUAGCCCGAUCAAGGGCGCGGUCAUUCUGACCAAGGGAGAAGACGAAUUGUUACAUUUUAUAUGGAAGAAUAGGGAGACUAAUGAUGUCGAGGAGGACUUGAUUCUCUUCCCAUCGGACGCAACUUUCACCAAAGUAUCGCAAUCAUCUGGAAGGGUUUAUGUCCUUAAAUUCUCAUCCUCUGAUCAAAGGCACUUCUUUUGGAUGCAGGAUGCUUCUCCUGGGCGCGAUGAUGAAUUUGCUAACAACGUGAAUGGCUACCUCCAAGACACAGACUACGAACCCACCUGGGAUUCGUCAACUGGUGCUUCAACUUCCACUUCAGCUCAACCAACUUCUUCCCAGGGUGCUGGAACUUCGAACUUCCAAGCUUCACCUGAAAAUAUCGCUCAACUCGGUCAAAUCCUUUCUAAUAGACUUGCCGGACAAGGCAGCAGUAGUGCUGCCCUUCCUGACUUAUCUCUCACCGACAUUCUUACACCUGCAAAUAUCACACCUCUUUUCACUUCUCACCCAGAGCUUAUAAAGACAUUGUUCCCCCACCUACCCCCCGACCUUCCUAUACCACCUUCUCAAGAGACGGUCCAACAAAUUAUCAACUCACCACAGUUUCGUGCAGCAGUGUCAAACUUUGAUCAAGCUCUUCGAACGGGCUUAUUGGGAGGACUCGUGCGCGGGUUGGGAUUACCAGAGGAAGCUGGUCUAGGAAUAGAACCAUUUUUGAAGGCCAUUCAAGAGCAAGCGGAAAAUGAACGCCGAGAGGAAAGCAUGGAUACGGACUAAUACACCUAUCUGAAGAAUUGUUUCUCAUAGUCCACUACGAUGCAUAGUCAUUUUCAUUAAUUUCCUAAUACGUGCGUACGUGUACGGCUAUCAAGAAACUACUAUUCUCGCCAAGUGGGGCUUGUGGCUGCGUA